ACUGCAUCAACUCUAUAAAAUGAACUCCGUUGCAUGCAUUCGAUGCGGCAAAACAACAAUCAAAACCCACAAAAAAAAAAAAAAAUGGCACCACCACCACCGCCAUCAAUUUUCUUCCUCGGGAUAAUGUUCCUCCUGAUGAUUCAUUGCGCCCACGGUUUCGAGUUCAACUGCCUCUGCAACCCUGACUCGUUCGAGGCCAGCGACCUCCGAAACCUGUGCGUGUCUAACCUCUUAGACGCCUUGGCCGGGUCGAUAGGCCACCCUCCGAGCUACGGCGACUUUUACCACCAAGUUGAUUGCUCUGGCUGGCCGGUGUACGGUCACAGGUGGGUGGAUAACCUAAAACCUUACGCCGACAACUGUCUUGUUCAGGCCAAAAAUGUUAUCAAGGAUAGCUGCGCGCACAGACAAGGCGCUGACGUCUCUUCUGGUGAUACUUGUCGCAUGAGGUUCGAGCUUUAUGAUUUUCGUUAUUAGGGUUUCUCCCUUUGGAAAUUUCGAUAUAUGAUGAGCAAGCUUUCGCGAUGGUGGGAAGUAUCAAUUAACCAAGCGACGACGAAAGAUUAUCCUGUCAUUUUCUACUUCUCUAAUCUCUAUAUAUGUAUGCAUGUCUUACCUUAUAUAAUUACGUACCAGUAAAGAUUGACAAGAAGGUGGGUCUUUGUGUUGUCAUCACUAUUCACUUGCUCAUCUUUGGAUUUGGUCUUGGUCUCAAUUAGGAGAUUCGAUUUGAUCAAAAUUCACAUGCUUAAUCAUAUUAAUCACUUUCACUUAAUCACAUUAAUGAUAUUGGCAUACUAAUCAUAAUUCUAAAUUUGCCUACUUAAUCAUUCUAAGCUUGUGAAUCACAUUCGCAUAAUAAUAAUCAUAAUUACAUCACGCACUAAUAAUUAUAACUUAAUUGAAAAUUAACCCGAUCGCCCAGGACAAGAAUGGUCAAAGACCAGGCUGACCUAGGACCAGAUCGGUCAAAGGUCCAAACAACCGAAGACAGUUGGACGAUACAAGUUACCUUGGUCUUAUACGGGUUGAUUUCGCGCUAGGUCGGGAAUAGGGAUAGACAAUAAAAUUUACUGAAAAUUAUAUGUACAUUCUUAUGUAUGAUAAUGUUGAAUGUACGGGACGUACAUCUAUUACUUUCAUUUGAUUGCCAAAAAAAUAAUUUAUUACACUAUAAAUGGAAUCCUCACUUGAAAUAAUUUAUAUUUAGAAAAAGGACACAUCUAGUUUCAACUCAUGGCUCAGCCGCUAAUCUUUGGGUGUCCAACAAUAUAAUUUGAUAAUCACGGUUCAAAUGUAUAGAAAUUUUGCAAAUCAAAAUAAAUCUCCAGUGCAUUCAUCUUUGUCAAUUUAAUGCUUUUUUUUUAAGAUUCGCAAAAUUAAUGAGAUCGAGGAUUGGUUCAUCUUAUAUUAGGUUCUGUUUUGACUACUUCAGUGAUCAUUUGGCUCUAUUUGAUCCAGUGUGAAUCAAAGAGUUGCUACCCUAUGUAUAUUUUAUAUUCAUUUGUAUAAUCCUAUUCAAUCCCUUCUUGGUGAAAUUUGUGUUUCAUGAAAUUAAUUAUGCAUGAAACCUAGUUGAAUAUUUAAAAAUUCUUUGACAGAGAGUGACAAUAAAAAUGGAUGACAACUGAUACUCUUGUGAAUAUUUUCUGGUUAUAAGAAGUUUGUCUUCAAUCUUAAUCUUAACUUCUAGAAAUAAAGUGAAGUUAAAGAUAAAGUUUACUAAUUAUAUGUUGCACCUUACAUAAAUUAAUUAAUGGAAGAGAGUAAGUGAAACAUGUUUAUAACCGCAUGAUAUAUGUGAUCGCGGGAAUUAGGAAGCACAAAACACCAAAAAAAUCUUAAAAUAUUUGCGCACAUGUUUGAAUUGGAAAACUAACUUUUUUGGAAAAACUAUAUAUCUAGAAUUGAGCUAAACUAUAGAUUACAUCACUGAGUGUAUUUUCCUCCCCCGUUCCUCUUAAUUUCCUUUCUCCCAUAUUGAAACGAACUCCCUUCCCCUUGUUUUCCUCCUGAGAAUUUCUUCGUAUGGAAUGGCAAUGACAGGCAAUGAAGAAAUCCAGCCCGCUCCCCUGAUACUCAAUUUCCACUUCUACGUACUCUUUCUUUCCCAAGACUGCGAUUUCUGCAUUUACUUCAAAUCCUUCAUAUGCCAUAUCUGUGACAAACGAUGGCAUUCCGAGGCCAAUCACACUUUUUAUAUUAUAUCUUAUGAUCACAGGUACGAAAUGAACAUUCAACUCAUGGCUCAGUUUUCCCUCUCCCAAAUCCUUGAAACAUGUAGCUUUGGUAUUUCCUUUUUUGUUCUUGUUUAUGAUUUCUGUGAUUCUGAACAGUCGAAGAAACGUUUGUUGCCCCUCUCAGUAUCCACAUCAACUAUACUUGGGUUCAAGAACUUAUUUCACGACGGAGAGGGUCUGUUAGAGUCUGGGGGUAUAGACAAUAAAAAUGAAUGACAACUGAUACUCUUGUGAAUAUUUUCUGGUUAUAAAUAGUUUGGUAAUCUUAACUUCUAGAAAUAAAGUGAAGUUAAGAAUAAAGUUUACUAAUUAUAUGUUGCAACUUAAAUAAAUUAAUUAAUAAUAGCGAGUAAGUGAGACGUGCUUUGAACUGCAAAAUAUAUAUUAUCGCGGAGAAUAGGAACCACAAAACACCAAAAGAUUCUUAAAAUAUCUCAUAUACAUGUUAGAAUUGGAAAACUAAUAUUUUUGGAGAAAAUGUAUAUCUAGAACCGAACUAAACUAUAGAUUACAUCACUUGUUAAGGGUCUUAAAUGAGAAUCUUUGGACUUUCAAGCAUAUCCUCGGGCGUAUUUUCCUUUCCCUCUUCAUUUUUCUUUCCUUUCUCCUCAUUGAAACGAUCAUCAUUCCCAUAGUUUUCAGUUUUCAACCAUGGUGGAACGAGAAGCGUUAUGUAGGUCACGACAUGGGGAUUUACAAUAUGACCACUUGUACUGUUCAGCCGCUCUAUUCCAGUGCUUCGAUUUGUAGCAGUCUGCCGCCUGUAUGGAUCUCACCACCCAAGUAGUACUUGCUCGAACCCAGCCUGCAGCCAUCGGCAUGAGAUGUCAAUUACUCUGUUUUUUUUCUCUCUCUCUUAGUUAUCAAUUUAUCGUUCUGCUCGGUUUUUUGCUUUUUACAUUGUUGAUCGGAACUUGUAUGAUGAACUUUAUUAUGUUUCCUUUUUGUUGGUGAAAGUCGUGAACUUCCUACGAUUCCUUUUCCGUCGCAAUGUUUUUGCUUCUUUCAUUUUUGUUUACCGGCUAUGAUCUAUGUAUAUGGAUAGAACGAUGAUUAAGUACAGAUACCAUUGGUCCAGUACACAAGAACGAAAGUAUCAGCCUUAAUAGGAGUUAACCAGUUGAAAUGGUACUAGACCGACAUUGUAUAUGGUCCGUUUUGGUCCAGCUCAAAUAUAUUUUCCUUUGGUAUUUAAAAAUUUCACCAAAUUAACGAUUACACCAAAUUUAGUCUAUAACUAAACCCAAUUGUAAAGUGCAACUUUUACCUUUUAUCUCAUCCCUCAUAGAGAUGGCUAGGUCUCUGUUUGCCGGAGAGGAUUGAGUGUCGCUUUAGAUGAGGAGAGAAAAGGAUGGAGUAAGUGUCGAUUAAAAUUCUAUUGGAGAGGAGGGCUCUGCCUGAUUUUUUUAUUCUUGCUAAUUUUCUAUCAAAAUGAUGUCGUUUCGAUGUUGGGGUAUUUUGUUUUUAAACGGAAUACUUAGUUGUUCGGUAUGAUUAAAACCGAUUAGAAUAAUGUGGUUCAUAGAUU